AGCUUUGGUCAGAGCGCUUGGAAGGAAGAUGAGAGUGUUGUGUGGUUUGUGGUUCAGUUUGAGGAGACUCAGUGAUGUAUCCUCCUUAGGCACAUUCAGGCGCCCCCUAAGCUCAGACGCCAUGCGACUGGUCCAGUUCUGCCGUAAAGGAAAUGAAGGGGAGAUCAGGGUUGGUGUAGAGCAUGAACAAGGCCAUGGUGUCAUUGACCUGAAAGCGUUUGACCCUUCCAUGCCACCCACGAUGAGAGGGUUUUUGGAGCUGGGACAGAAGGGCAUGGACUGUGCUCAAAGAGCUCUGUCAAGUGAUCAAUGCAUAGUCCCUCAUUCUGAUAUCAGGCUGUUGUCUCCAGUGACCGGCCCAGAUAAAGUGGUGUGUGUGGGGAUGAACUACAAGGACCACUGCUUGGAGCAGAACGCCCCCAUCCCUACAGAGCCAAUCAUCUUCAGCAAAUUUCCUUCCGCCAUCACUGGCCCAUAUGAUGACAUCAUGCUGCCCAACAAAACCCAGAAGGUGGACUGGGAGGUGGAGCUGGCCUUCGUGAUUGGACAAAAAGGAAAGCACAUCAAGGAGGAGGAGGCUCUCUCUUACGUUGCGGGAUUCACCGUAGCCAAUGACGUCAGCGCUCGUGACUGGCAGAUGGAGAAGAACGGGAAGCAGUGGCUCCUGGGAAAAACAUUUGACACGUUCUGUCCAUUAGGACCCGCCCUCGUUACCACGGCAGCCCUGAAGGAUGUCCAUCAUUUGGGUGUCCGUUGCCUGGUUAACGGCGGUGUCGUUCAGGACAGCAACACCAAUCAGCUGAUCUUCAAGACAGAGAAGCUGAUAGCAUGGGUGUCCCAGUUUGCGACUCUGUAUCCAGGUGAUGUGUUUUUGACGGGCACUCCCCCAGGAGUCGGUGUGUUCAGAAAACCACCUGUUUUUCUGAAGAGAGGGGACGUGGUGGAGUGUCAGAUUGAUGAGAUUGGAUCCAUCAGGAACACAGUGGUGUAACUACACAGCUGAUUCUCUGAAAAACACGUCCUGCUGCCUCGAGAUGAAAUGAUACAAAAUGAUAAAUUUAAUAUUCACUUGAAAAAAGGGGAAAAACACCUAAUCCAGCUUCUAAUGAAAUCAGAGCCUUUAGCUUAACUAAGAUCUUUUGCUGUCGUGCUGAAAUGUUGAACAAGUCAGUCUGAUUGUAACUCUGCAGUUAAACCUUUUGAAAUUAUUUUCCUAUAGAUCACCUUUACAUUGCUCUAAACUCAUUGGCCAGUUUAUUGGAAACCCCCUCUUGCAGGUCCACCUUGUUGGUGUUCACUUAGAGACCUGCUGCUGAUGCACAGUUCGCGUUAGCCAUCCUGUAGCCCUUCAUCUGGGGUCUGUGUCUGAUCAAAGAGCUGCUCUUGGCUGGAUGUUGUUAGGUGGUGGUCGACCCGCAAUCUAGCAGUGACACUGACAUGUGUACCACCCCACAGGUGUCAGCCCCACAUGCAUGUUUCUAAUAUAGUGGCCAGUAAGUGAAAGUAUCUGACCACUGAAGAACAGGGUAAAUGGGGGCUAACAAAAGCUGUGCAGAGAAACAGAUGGACUACAGUCUGUAAUUGUAGAACUACGGAGUGCAUCUGUAUAGUCAGUGGAGCUGAUAAAAUGGACAAUGAGUGUAGAAAUAAUGAGAUUUUCCUGAUGAAGUGUUCAGUGAAUGUAGGCGUUUCUAAUGAAGGAGACUCUGUAGUUCAAACAGCCUCCAGUAGACGGCACUGCACUGCUUUUUUUGGGAGGAAAGUCUACCUUUCAGUCUUGGCUCUGCUGGUGCCUUGUUCUUAAACCACGCAUAGGGACAUUUGUGUUCUUUGUCCGAUUUCUCGUUAAAGCGUUGAUGACAGACCACCACUGAGGUUCACACCUUACCAUCAGAGAAGGAAACGGAAUUCCACCAAUUUUCAAAAUUUCUGCACGACCAAAUCAAAAAGAUCCUAAAGUGGUCAGAGUUGAUGUGUAACGCUCCAUCAGACUGUUCACAGUGGUGGUGAUAGGAACCAGACAUCUCACUUUAAUGCCUCUGAAAGCUCCUUCACAGAAAGGUAUUACAUGGAAUUGUUAUGAAUACACAGCCUGAUGUCUGAGAUGUUUUAUGAUAGUUUUGUGACAAAGUUGUGGCCUAAAAUGUAUUUUAAUCAAUUUAUUGAAUCUAUUCAUAGUGGAAUGAUACAUGAAGUCAGAUUCAUCACUAUUUUACCAUAAUGACAUAUAAAAGCACAUGUAGGUUCACUGAUUGUUUUGGAUAGUUAAUAAAAUGUCUGUUUGUGUUGUAGACAUUGUGACUCCUGGAUCCUAUCACCACCACUGUUU